UCUUAAACCUUCUUGGCCUCGCCCUGCCCUCCACUCGCUUCUCUGAACUGAUUAUCUUCUCACCAACCUUCUCUCCCUCCAUCUCAUAUAUCUCUUUGUUUUGUCUGUGAACUCAUCCUCUGUUGGUUCACAUCACGUCACAAACACGCGUUGAGACAGACAAUCCGCCAUGUCGACCUCAGUGCCCCAGGCCGUCCAGGCCAAGGCGUUUCCGGAUGGCACGACCGACUACAAGCCGCUGCGCAACAACGGCGCCAACGACAAGAAGGUGCAUAUCGCGGACACGCCCAUGACCUGGUCCAACCUCCACAAGCACAUUGACUGGCUCAACACUCUCUUCAUCGUCAUCGUGCCCCUGCUUGGCUUCGCCUCGACAUACUGGGUGCCUCUGCAAUGGAAGACGGCCGUCUUCUCAGUCAUCUACUACUUCAACACCGGUCUCGGUAUCACAGCGGGCUACCACCGUCUCUGGUCUCACACAUCAUACAAGGCCACGCUGCCUCUCAAGAUCUAUCUCGCCGCCAUGGGCGCUGGUGCCGUCGAGGGCUCCAUCCGCUGGUGGUCGAGGGGCCACCGUGCUCACCACCGCUACACCGACACCGAGAAGGACCCCUACUCGGUCCGUAAGGGUCUCCUCUACUCCCACCUCGGCUGGAUGGUCUUCAAGCAGAACCCCAAGCGCGCGGGCCGCACCGACAUCACCGACCUGAACGAGGACCCCGUCGUCGUGUGGCAGCACGUCAACUUCCUCAAGUGCGUCGUGGCCAUGGGCCUCGUCUUCCCCACGCUCGUCUGCGGCCUCGGCUGGGGCGACUGGAUGGGCGGCUACGUCUACGCCGGCAUCCUCCGCAUCUGCUUCGUCCAGCAGGCCACCUUUUGCGUCAACUCGCUCGCCCACUGGCUCGGCGACCAGCCCUUUGACGACCGCAACUCGCCCCGCGACCACGUCAUCACCGCCCUCGUCACCCUCGGCGAGGGCUACCACAACUUCCACCACGAGUUCCCCUCGGACUACCGCAACGCCAUUGAGUGGUGGCAGUACGACCCCACCAAGUGGGCCAUCUGCCUCUGGAAGAAGCUCGGCCUCGCCUACGACCUCAAGGAGUUCCGCGCCAACGAGAUCGAAAAGGGCCGCGUCCAGCAGAUGCAGAAGAAGCUCGACCAGAAGCGCUCCCGCCUCGACUGGGGCACCCCGCUCGAGCAGCUGCCCGUCGUGGCCUGGGACGACUUUGUCGACCAGGCCAAGAACGGCAAGGCCCUCACCGUCAUCGCCGGUGUCAUCCACGACGUCGGCGACUUUAUCAAGGACCACCCCGGUGGCAAGGCCCUCAUCUCCUCCGCCAUCGGCAAGGAUGCCACCGCCAUCUUCAACGGCGGCGUCUACGACCACUCCAACGCCGCCCACAACCUGCUCUCCACCAUGCGUGUCGGCGUCCUUCGCGGCGGCUGCGAGGUCGAGAUCUGGAAGCGCGCCCAGGCCGAGAACAAGGAUGCUACGUACGUCAAGGACUCGACUGGCCAGCGCAUCUACCGCGCCGGCAACCAGGUCACCAAGGUUGUCCAGCCUCCCAGCACCGCGGACGCGGCCUGAUUGGGUCAUUCCUCUGAUGAUGAUGACGAUGGGUGAGAGUGGUAAUCGGGGCUUCCCCCUGAUGGGAAGCAUUUCUUCAUGAUUGGCGUUCAGGGACAAAAGAGAAAGCAGACAUUGAUUGCUUGGUGGCGUCCUUUGGGUUGUUGUUUUUCAUUGCCGGCGAGUUGAUCCAGAUAUUCCUUUCUUUCAAGUACAAUAACAACACUUUUACGUGCA